AUGGUUCUCUACCGGGGAUUGUUUCCACAUUUUUUCUUUGGAAAUUUAAUUCAAUCUGGUCUUCUAUUCUAUGACCAAUCACCUCGAGAAGUUUUUUCGACAUUUCGAAAACGUUUCGGUGAUACAUUUCAAUUUUGGCUUGAUUCAACUCGUGUUAUUAUUGUUAACAAAAUUGGUCAUAUUCAAGAUAUUUUUACUAAUCGUUGUAUAUAUAAUCAAGAAAAACUUGAUUCACUCAUCUAUCUCGAUUGUGUUAUUAAAGAAGUACUUUGUUAUUCUCCUCCAUUUACUGAAACCUAUCGUACAUUAACAACUGAUAAUUAUUUACCAACAAGUGAAGCUAAAUUAUUCAAAGAUGAUCAAAUAUUUAUUACAAUUUAUAAUCUUGCUAUUGACACUGAAUUAUGGUCAAUUGAUCCAAAUCAAUUUUAUCCCAAAAGAUUUUUAGAUUAA